AUGGGAGUAAAAGUGGCGACUGGUUGUUUUAAUUGGUUACAGCCUUCAAUUUCACACUCUUCGUGGUCUUCCUCUUCUUCACCACAAACCCUAGCCUCCGCAAUUUCUUCACCUUCAUCAAAGCGACGUAGUUUAACAGACUCCACAUUGGUUUGCCGGUCGUCGGUGUGUGGGAAGAAGCUCAACAGAUCCCAGUCGUGUGAAAUCCUAAAAUUAUCGACACGACAACAGCCUAUCAGACGAAUCGUAAGUGCGAACUUAGAUUCAGAGUUUUCCGAUGAAGAAUUCUCGAGGGAGAUUCAAGAAUUAGCUCUCAGAUUCCAGUUAUCUGAUGACGACGAGACUGAUUCGUCAGAAAAUAAUUCUGUAUCGGAAUCAGAACCGCAUAAUCAAAAUCACUUUGCUAGUUUGCCGGUGGCUUGGCUGGGUGAUAUGAUUCCGGCGAGUAUAGAACGAAAGGCGAACAGCGUAGAGUUGCCUUUUUCGUUGCGAAUUAUACAGAAGAAGAAACAAUGGGAAGAAGGUUUUAGGGAAACAGGAGAAUCUGCGUAUUGUUCUAUGAAGAAAGCUUUCUCUUCAAUGGUAUUCAUAAUUCGAGAGCUUCAAAGCUACACUCUGCAAAUGAGAGAGGUUUUGUUCUUCGAAGAUUUACAGGGCAUUUUGGUCAGAGUUCAGAAAGAAAUGAAUGCAUCUUUCGUUUGGUUGUUCCAACAGGUUUUCUCACAAACACCCACUCUAAUGGUGUACGUGAUGAUCCUUUUGGCAAACUACAGUGUUUAUUCCAUGUCAAAUAACGUCGCCAUAGCAUCGCCGCCGUCUCCCGCCACCAUAGAAUCUGUUUCCACAAUCGAAGAUCGGACCGAUACAAACUUCGAUUCUCCAACCGUCAACACAUUUUCCGUUAAUCCAGGUGGGAAAACCACCUCAAUCGGCGGAAUCAACGGCGGCGGCGGUAAAUCCCGGCCAGUCACUAGCGGAACAGAUGGCGACGGGAAGUUCAAUGAGUCUAUUGAACAUCAACCAAUCAUUACAGACGGAGCUUCAUCAUCAACCGUAAACCCAUCCAGGACCGGUGAGGAGUCGGUUUCCGGUCAGAAGACGGAGAUGGAGGAAUGGCAGAUAUGGAAGUCGAUGGUGGCUGAAGCUGAUAAGAUGCAGAAAGUGUUCGGAGAUGGAGAUCUUGAUCAUGAAACCAUGCAAAGAUUCGUGUCGCCGGUGACUGUGAAAAUCGAGGGAGAAGUAGAUACAGAAGAUUACUUGAAAACAGAGCUUUUUUACCAAAUCGGUUUAUCAAAAGAUCCCGAUAACCCCCUUCUUCUGGCAAAUUACGCUCAAUUCCUUUACCUCUUUGCUCAUGAUCACAAAAGGGCAGAAGGUUAUUUCAAAAGGGCUUCAGAGAUUGAGCCAAAAGACGCUGAAUCACUCCGUAAAUACGCAAGCUUUUUAUGGCAUGUAAAAAACGACUUAUGGGCUGCUGAAGAGACCUUUUUGGAAGCCAUUUCUGUAGAUCCUGAUAACUCUGUGUAUAGUGCUACUUAUGCACAUUUUUUAUGGACCAACGGCGCAGAUGACACUUGCUUCCCUCUUGACUCGCCGGAUAAUGUCAGCUCCGAUGAGUUUUAACCACCGUCGGUCCUAAAAUGGAUAUACACAGGAAAAGAAAAGAAAAGAAAAUAAGUUUCGAGCUUGAUUUUCGGAUUUUCUUUUCGGAGUUUUGUGAUAACUUGUAUACUUUGUAGUGGGAGUUGUAUCUUUUUACGCAGGAUUUAGUGAUUUACUGAUUUCUAAUCCGAUAAGAGUCUAUCCAAAAG